AUGCCUGCAUUAAGAUUUAAAACUUGCCGUCUACUUUUAGGAAACGUUCUAUUUAAAGAAAUAACACUAACGCAACGCCGCAUUCUCCGAAAUUUGAGAAUUCAGAAAAGAUCUAUUAAGAAAAAGAUUUAUCCGAUUUUUCUUAAUAGUAGCAGUUACAUCAAAUUACAAACAACACGCAAGUUGUCCCUUUUUUACGGGAAUUUACCCAUCACAAAGAUGCACAGAAGAACAAAACGAACUUCAUAUAUCCCUUUUCUACUUAAUCCAGAAAGAAGAUUGGACGUUAUUCUGGUUCGUCUCCAUUUUUGUGAAACUCUUCCUCAAGCAAGGCAGCCGAUAAGUCAUCGAAAGGUGUGUGUGAAUAAUUCCAUAGUCAACAUUAGUCAUUUUCAACUUUCCCCUGGUGAUAUAAUAUCUUUUCAAGAAGAUUACGCGAGAACCCACGGUGAAGACAUAAGGAGAUUUUUCUAUAUCAAAAUAUCAGUUGAGAAAAUCAUAGGAAAAUUAAGAAGGGUACGGAAAAGGGUAAAAAACAAGCGCCAAAUAAGCAAAACAGAAUGGCUCCGCCAAGUCAGAAUGUGGAGAAGAAGACAAAUAGAAUGGCUCCGCCGACUCAAAACUAAGAAGGGAUGCCUCCUACUACUAAAAGACAAAGUCCGGUUUUUGCAAGAGUUACAUUCUUCUAUGGUAGACUUUGAAAGUAUAAAGAAGAUUAGAUCAGUCCACUACUGCUGGAAAAUGAAGAGGAAUUUCAAUCACAUCUUAAGAGAUUAUGAGGGUGUACCUCACAUCGUGAACUUAUCCAUAAGGAGCGGAAGAUUAAUAAGUCAUGAAAUUCUAUUAAAAUAUGAUUUUUAUGAGGAGUUCUAUCCUCAUAUACUAAGGAGUAUGAAGGAGUUAUUCUUAAGGAAGAAGAGAAUGAAGAGAAGAAUCAAAAGGAUAGAACUACCUACUCAUUAUUCGGAGGUCAAUUAUAGAACACUAAAAGCUGUGGUAUCUUAUGGACCUAACAUAGAUCACAUCCCUCACGACAUAAGAUUGAAAGAUCCAAACCUACCUUAAGCUUCGCUUAAGCUACUACAUAACCUUACCCUAACGAGUAAGCAAAUAGGAAUUACCUGACUCUUUUGAGUCAGUAAGUAAACUACCUUUAUUAUUGUAAUAAGGUACUUCAUACCUCGGGAAACAUGGCCCAAUUUCUCUUCUUUCUUUUUGAUUUCGGGUUUCUUUAUUGCCCAGAACGCUAAAAGGUGGUCCAGAAGCUAGCCGAACCCGGGCGCAUAAGAAAUUCUCGGCGUCGAGAGAUCGUAAGUAACUCAGUGAAUGCUCUCCAAGAAGGGCUUGGUUUGGAAGAAGGAAAUGAAAUAUGAACAACCGCGCUGGUCGUAUGUAAUAGAUCGACUUUCCUGCUAGUUCUUACUCCAAAGCAGCAUGAAAGUUCCAUUUCAGUGAAGGACUACGUAUCAUGAUACUUUCUGUUUUGUCUAGCCUGGCUUUGGUCUCUGGUUUGAUGGUUGUACGUGCUAAAAAUCCGGUACAUUCCGUUUUGUUUUCCAUCCCAGUCUUUCGCAACACUUCAGGUUUACUUCUUUUGUUAGGUCUCGAUUUUUCCGCUAUGAUCUUCCCAGUAGUUUAUAUAGGAGCUAUA